GGGUGUGUGAAAGUUGCUUGAAUUUGCGAGGGGCGAGAGCCGCCGCCGGCGGCGCGCCGCCUCCUUCCACUGGCUGGGGGAGCUGCCAAUCUGUGUUGUAAUCCUGCAGGAAUUUCUGCGGGGUUUAACUGGGAGCCGCGCCGCCGCCGCCGCGCACUCGGGGCGGAGGGAGGGCGGCGAAGCCGGCAGCGCGUAACCUGCAGCCCGGGCGCCUCAGCGCCGCGCAGCAUCGGGCCCGCCGGGCAGCGGCGGAGCGGAGCGCGGAGAGGAGCGGAAGAAGCGUGGCGGUCCGGAGGGCGCCCGCGGCCCUACCCCGCGCCCCCCCGGGCGCUGCCGAGCGCCGCCGCCCCCCGGUUUCUCCUUUGUGCCCGGCCCCAGGCGGCAGCCGCCGCCGCGCCGGCUCCGCGGGAAUAAUGCGGGGCGUGUGGCUAGCGCUCACCGUCAGCUUCGUGGCCUGCGCCUCCGGGCAGCCGAGAGCAGAUUUGACCUCUGAUAAAGAUUUAUACCUUGACAACAGCUCUGUUGAAGAAGCAUCAGGCGUCUAUCCAAUUGAUGAUGAUGAUUAUUCUUCUGGGUCAGGUUCAGGUGCUGAAGAAGAUGAGGAAAGUGCAGUGAUAACAACAUCCAGAGCACUUCCAAAGUUACUGACAACGAGUGACGCAUCUAGGGCCGAGACCACCACGGUGAAAAUGCAGACCAAGGUGCCUGCACAAACAAAGUCACCUGAAGAAAUCGAUAAAGAGGAAAGGCCCGAGGCGGAUGCCAAGAAAAAGAGUGAUGAGCCAGGGGACGACACCGACGUGUUCACCGAGAAGCAUUCAGAAAACCUCUUCCAGAGAACAGAAGUUCUGGCAGCUGUUAUUGCUGGCGGAGUUAUCGGUUUUCUUUUUGCAAUCUUCCUUAUCCUGCUGCUGGUAUAUCGCAUGAGAAAGAAGGAUGAAGGCAGUUACGACCUUGGUGAACGUAAACCAUCCUGUGCUGCCUAUCAAAAGGCACCUACUAAGGAGUUUUAUGCAUAAAAUUCCUAUUUAGUGUCUCUAUUUAUGAGAUCACUGAACUUUUUUAAAUAAAGCUUUUGCAUAGAAUAAUGAAGAUCUUUUUUUUUUUUUUUUUCAUUAAAGAGCCAUUAUGGCACCUUUAUGAUAAAAUCCCAUUGUAUUUAAAACUUUUCAUGUAUUCCUUUAAAAAUGUAAAAUUAAAACUUAACAUUUGCAGUGUUCUGUGAAUAACAGUGGCAAAGCAUUAUUUUAUAAAACCAUUGAUGUUCACUGAAUCAUUUUUAAAACUUUAUGCAUAAAUAUAAAAUAAUGAAAAUGAUUGUUUUAUCCUAUGGUUCAAUGAAAGUUGUUUAAUUUUUGUCAGCAUGUCUCAGAUUGAUCUUACAAGUUAGUUUUUAUUUCAUUAAUUUAUCUGUUUCCAAAAAAUGCCUUUUUGUAGUUGUCAUGGUGCAAUUUGUCUUCAGAUAAUUCAGAUAACAGUAACUUUUAGUGUAAAUGUAAUUUUUCAGCUAUGUAAACUUUAACCUCCACUUUGUAUAAAUUUAAGUGUCAGAAUAUCAAUUUUACACUUUGCAUUGUUUCUCAGCGUACCUGUAGCUUCAGUGAGAUUUGUAACAGCAAAUUAAUGUGUAAAAUUGGAUUAUUACUACAAACUGUAUAGUCGUAUUCUUACUAAACAAAUCUCCUGUAAGGCAGAUUUGGAGUAAGCUACUGACAAACUUAAGCAAACCCAAAGACUCUAACAGUAUUUUGAGAAGUUGCUGCAGAUUUCUAUGGCCACUGUAUUUGUUAAUUAUUUGCAAUUUGAAGGUACAAGUAGGGGUUUAAAUUUUUGUUCUUUAAAAAUUCAUUUAAGUUGUAAACGUCUUUUAAAGCCUUUGAAGUGCCUAUGAUUACAUGUAACUCGUCGCAGACUGGUGUUAAUGAGUAUAUAACAGUAAAAGAAAAUGUUGGUAUUUUAUAAGCACAGACAAUUCUAAUGGUAACUUUUGUAGUCUUACAUGGAUAGACAUAAUUGUAAUUUGGGAACAUAAACACUACUGAAUAAAUCAUGUGGCCUAAUACUGAGAAUUCUAUUGUGAUAUACUUUUGUACGCUUUUCAUUUUAUGUCUGCUUGCUUAUGUUUUAAUGUCACAGAGUACAUCUAAGGAGAUCUUAAAAAUCCAGACCAAAAAAAAAAAGGCUGUUGACCAGGCUGAUCCUCGGACCAGAUUAUUACUGAGAAAAGUGGGAAUGUUUAAGUCUUGCAUCGGGUGUAUGAGUUAUGAGUCAUUCGACCUUUGCAUGAUAUUUAAUGGCAGUAUUGACACAGACCUGUUCUUCCUGCAAAUGUUGUUUUCAGUACUGUAAAAUUCAAAGAAGUACCCGGUUUCAUUUAUUGUGUAUAUCGGUUUUUGAUUUGUUGUUCCGGUUUGUUUUUUCCCCGGCCUUUUGAAGAAUUUUGGUUUAUUCUGCUCGGACUCCAGCAGAAGAGUUGAGACAAGUGGAAUGUCUUCAUAAGAGAAGAAAGAAAUGUUCCAAGUAGAAGAGAAAAGGUUCUGUUGCUUAGACUGCAGAUAGGUGUUGGAUAGAGGGGCACGUGGAGAAGACGAUAGUCUGCCUCCUUAUAUUAUGCUUUGUAACAGACAAAUGGCUUCGUCUUCUGCUCUGUUAACCUCCUCCGUUUUUAUUUUUGAGAAUUCCAAAAUAUAGGUGUUCAGGAUGUCAAGCUGAACUGCUUCUCAGAAAUGGCAAUGUAUUGUAAAUAAGAUCUGGUAGCUCUUCAGAUAAGAGUUGCGUAACUUGUAUUUGUUGCUGUCCCAAGUUCAGUGGUCAUUUAGGAACAAACGAACGCUAUCCUGUGCUAAAAUAUUUAAUAUAUUGCUUUUUUAAAUUACUUAUACUUACUGGCAAGUUUUUCAAAGCCAUACAAGUUCAACAAGUAAAAACAGGGUAAGAAUUUAACAGGUAUAUCUUAUUGUGCAAUAUUUAGUGAAAUUCAAUUAGUAAAAUAACUGCUUGAAUUAACUGUGCCAAGAAAGGAAAAUUUCUGGCAAAUGCUGUGCCACUGCUGUAAAAUAAAGCAUUUGUUAAAGUGCCAAAAUAAAGUCUACCAUGCCUAAACUAAUACUUUA